AAAAAAAAAACGCUCGGACUCGCGCGAGACGGGAGCCGAGAGCGGAGAGCCCAGAGCCCCGACGCAACUCCUGCUGCUGCUCCUUCCCUCGCUUCCUUCUCAUUCCCCCGCGUUGAAAGCUCCUUGCCCCGUCGGCUGCCGCUCCGUCCCUCGAUCCCGCACUCCAGGCCGCCGAUCGGUAUGGCGCGCUGAGCCCCCGUGCGCGCGCGCGUCUCGGCGGCCGGCGGGCACGAUGCUGGCGGCGUCCGCCAGGGUCUGCUCUAGGCUCGCUUCUCCGCACGCCUCCUCGCCCGCCGGUGCUGCUGCUGCUGCUACGGCGGCGGCGGCGCUGACGAGCUCCCCCGUGCUGGCAUCCGGGAUGAGCGCGCUCGAGAGGCAGCCCGCUCCUCCGGGGGCCGGGUUCGGCGACACGGGGAGGGGUCCCGCGGCCGACGACCCGCCACCGCGGCACUGCACCUCGUCGGGCGAAUCGAGGGAAGGAUAUCAGUUGAGUAGAGUGCCAUAUCAAAGGCAUCCGAUGCUAGAUCGGGGCACAGUGACUGCUGGAUCAAACCAUCAUGUUUCUGCCGCAAGCUGUUCCUCACAGUAUCAUCAGAGUUACAGAUAUUUUUCAUCCUCUUCUGAUCAACAGAGGAUAUGGGCUGGAAACAAGCAUAUAUGUGAUCUGCCAAGGUGUGUAAAAAUUGUCGAAGUUGGGCCACGAGAUGGACUUCAAAAUGAAAAAGACAUUGUACCAACACCUGUAAAGGUUGAGCUUAUACGGAGAUUGGCUGCCUCUGGGUUACCAGUUGUUGAGGCAACUAGUUUUGUAUCUCCAAAAUGGGUACCACAGCUAGCUGAUGCAAAGAAUGUCAUGGAAGCAGUUCGGAAUAUUGAGGGUGUGCGUCUUCCUAUAUUGACCCCAAACCUUAAGGGAUUUGAGGCUGCUAUUGCAGCAGGGGCAAAAGAAAUUGCAAUAUUUGCAUCAGCUUCUGAAGGAUUUUCCAAGUCAAACAUAAACUGCACAAUCAAAGAGAGCCUUGCGCGUUAUAAUGAUGUCGCUCUUGCUGCAAAAGAGAGAGAAAUUCCUGUCCGAGGGUAUGUUUCUUGUGUGGUUGGAUGCCCAGUAGAUGGACCAGUACCACCGUCAAAUGUAGCUUAUGUAGCAAAAGAGCUUUAUGACAUGGGCUGCUAUGAGGUUUCACUUGGUGAUACUAUUGGAGUUGGUACCCCAGGCACCGUGGUUCCAAUGCUUGAGGCCACCAUGUCCGCGGUUCCUGUGGAGAAACUUGCUGUCCAUUUCCACGAUACCUACGGCCAAUCGCUCUCAAAUAUCCUCAUGUCUCUCCAGAUGGGGAUCAGCGUCGUGGACUCCUCCGUCGCCGGCCUCGGCGGCUGCCCUUAUGCGAAGGGUGCGUCAGGAAACGUGGCGACCGAGGAUGUUGUGUACAUGCUCAACGGGCUGGGGAUCAAAAUGGGUGUAGACCUGGGAAAGGUGAUGGCAGCCGGCGAGUUCAUCUGCAAGCAUCUGGGGCGCCAGUCUGGUUCCAAGGCAGCGACCGCACUAAGAAAGGUUACUGCAAAUGCGUCGAAACUCUGAGGCUUAGAAAUUUACCAUGAUCCACUAUCGCAGGUAACAGCUGUAAAAUGGGCACGAGAUUGUGAAAUAAGCAAUGCUGUUCUGUCAUGAGGUGUCUGUUCAAGACAACAAAUAAAUACUACAGCAAUGCUAUUCUGCCAUUAGAGGUGGCACAUUUCUAGCCAUCUUCAUCUGGCUAAAUAAGCACAAGAUUGCGAGUCA